AUGACCAUGGACGCAUCCGGCGACAGAAAGGCCUCGGAGGAUAUCGGGCAAUUACCCUAUCCCGCAGUGGACUCUUCGGUUCCCAACAAAUCCCCAUUUCAACGCAUUCGCCUCCUACUCCUUCUCAUUGGAACCGUACUGCUGUUUUCCAGCAGUGCGCGGCGCUCCUCUAUUGACUUCUUCCCCGGGCGGCCUUGGCCGAUCUCAUUCUCCGGCCUAGGCUCGCCGUCUUCUGCGCUUGACACGUUCUUCCACACGUCCACGCGCACAGAUGAGCUUUGUCCCAGUGUGGCGAAUGCCUCUUCGUAUAGUGGCUGGAUCGGGUUGGAAGGUGAUAGCGAUGAGACCCCGAAGCGCUCGUUCUACUGGCUCUUCGAAGCAGAGGAAGAUCCCGAGAAUGCACCGGUCAUUUUGACGAUCGGGGGAGGUCCUGGAACUUCUGGUCUGAUAAACCCGUUCGGAGGGCAAUCGCACUGCAAGAUCAACGAGAAUGGUACGGUGGCGAACCCUUAUCGCUGGACAGAGAAGUACAAUCUCCUUGCUCUCGAUCAUCCCAUCGGCGUCGGUCUUUCGUACGGGACGAUGGUCAACAACAGUGUCGAUGCGGCACAUGAUGUGUACGACUUCUUGCAGAAGAUCUACAAGGUGCAUCCGCAUCUCGCAAGCAACAAGUUUGUGAUUGCUAGCGGCUCGUAUGGCGGACGGUACGUUCCCACUAUCGCGACGGUCAUACAGGAGGAGAACCAGGCCAUUGCUAUGGGCGAAGGAAAGCUUCACGCCACUCACAUCGAUCUGGAAGCGCUGCUUGUCAGUAACCCGUGGACGGACCCGUUGGCGUAUCACCGUUGGCUACUCUACUACCGCUGCGAACUGCAUCCCUUCUACAACGCCACAACAUGUGCAGAGCUCUACGGCACUCUCCCAGCGUGCCUCGAGUCCAUCGAGCUGUCGUUCCAGAACUCGACAGCCCACAAUCGUCGUUUGGCAGAGGAGACUUGCGCCAGCUUCCGGCGGUAUGGACAGAAUGGGACGCUCAUGGAGAAUAUCAAUCGGAGAUGCGAAACUCGUGAUGAUAUUGGGAAAUGCUAUCCUUCGUUCAACUGGAUGCCGAACUUCCUCAACUCGAACGCGACGAGGAAGGUACUGGGUGUACCAGACUUCGUAGAGUACAAGUCCCUCAACGAUGAUGUCACGAAGGAGUUCAUGACGUACGGUGAUAACAUGUUCCCCACGCAAAAGUUGUACGAGCCACUGGUCUCAGAUGGGAUACGUGUACUGCACCACGCCGGGUCUCUCGAUGCCAACUGCCCCAAUCCGGGCACAUUCUCAUUCCUCAAACUGCUCCAUACCCCGUUCUCCGAGGCCUUCCGCACCGGAGAGGACGUGCCGUGGCCGUCCGCAGAAGAGCCUCAGGGCACAGUACGCGUUGCAGGCUCCGGAGCCGGGAACUUCACAUACUUGACAUAUGACAACGCCGGUCACUUCAUCGUGAGCGAUCAGACUUGGCAAACAAAGUACGUUGUCGAGCACUUCAUCGACAACAUUCCUUUUGUAUAG